AUGAAAAUGUUUGAGGGACUUCCGACUAGCCAAAUUGCGGAUUUGCAUGGGGCAAGAUGGACUGCAUUGUUUAAUCAUAUGGAUGAAGCACUUUCAAAAGAGGAAAAACAACUGGAAUGUUGGUUGAAUCAAGUGAAAGAAAAGCAAUUGCUGUGUGACCAGGGCAUUCAACAUGUAAACUGGAGUGCGGCUUUUGGUUUACAACAACUGGGAAAUUCUGAAAACAACUCCAGGGCAUCGACGUUAAAUAGCUCGGAGAAAGAGUUAGCGGUGAAUGCAGCUGCUGCUUCCAUAUAUUCAACAUGUAAUUUUUUAUUGUCCGAGAGCUAA